AACUUAAUAUUAUAUAAAAAACAAUGCAGUAGCUAAACGCAGCCGUCGGGCUCGGCUAUUAUUCGGAGGCUUUUUAAAAGCACCAAUAGGAGCGCUCCACAUAAUCUGUAUCGCGGCCAAUUGGAAGCAUUUAAAUCUAAACCUUUUUGUACUGAUCAAGUCAAAUAUUGCAAAUCACUCUUGCAUCAUCCUCCAUACUUUCAACACCUACUUUCUACAUUGAACCGUUUUGGCAAGAACCCUUGUAAACCAGUACCUUUGGGAAGAUUAUACUUCACUUCAUUAUAAAUCGAAGUUUUAUUUAAGUCGUCGAGGCCCUGACCUGCACGGCGGCUACAUAUGGUCCUUCGCAGCCUUCAAGACAAGGGCAGACUUGACCAACAACGGGUUCAUCGUGGAAGUGGACUUUGACCAAUCUUCGCAACCGUCUUCGUUGUCUUCAGUUUCUUCGGCUUAGGAAGAACACGCAACAGACGUUGAAAACGAGGGGUCCCAGCGUUUACCGGCAUAAGGAAAGCGUUCGUUGGACUUCCACCACAUCAAGACAUCAAGGACUUCAGUUCCAGUACAUUGCAUCACCUGAAUACGUAGGACUAGACAGAGUGAGUUCGUUCCAAUUUCCUUCAAUUUCCCUUCUAUACCUAUUUUUCUUGGAAUUAAGAAUAGCUCUAUACGUGUCAGGCACAAAUAAUUCAUUUUCAUACAAAAUCAUAAUUCAUCGCAAUAAAAUAGCUUAACUUAAUAUCAUCUUUGUUAUAAAAAUCCUACUACAUAUUAAAAAGCCGUCUCCAUCGCUUAUUAUCUUCGCCUCAGUAACAUAAUUUUUUUGCUAAAUCAUCACAUUUCGCGCGCAGCUGCUUAUCUACUCCGCUUCUUUGUUCUCGUCAGUUGCAUUUUAACUCGUUAGUGUUCACACUUCUCUUACGCAUAGGUAAUUGCAUUUUUAAAUUUACGUAUAAUUCAAAAUGGCGGACACGUUAAAGGAGUUAGUAAAGAAACGUGGCAGCUUAAAAGCUAAAUUAACUUUGUUUAACACUUACAUUAAUGUGGCUAAAACGUGUGAAAAAUUAAAUGGAGAUUGAAGCGUUAACUGAGAAACCCGACGAGGCAUAUGCGGAGCGGGAGCAGUUUGAAAGCCAGUUCUUUAUGUUGGUCUCGACUGCUCGACUUCUUUUGAGUCCUACGGUGCAGUCGAGCGGCGGUCGGGCCGGAUCCGAGUCCGCGGCUUCCACGUCAUGCGGCGGCGGCCGGCAUGACUUCGUUCGUCUGCCCAAGAUUGAUCUGCCUCACUUCGAUGGGAAUUAUCAGCAUUGGCUCGGCUUUAGAGAUACGUAUAUUUCCCUUAUUCAUAAUAAUCCCGCUAUCAACGACAUAAGCAAAUUUCACUAUCUUCGUGCAUCUUUGAAAAGCAGUGCCGCCCUUGUGAUUCAAAGUCUUGAUUUUAGCAGUGAUAACUAUCAUAAAGCGUGGCAAUUAGUUUCGGAGCGGUAUGAUAACCCGCGCCUUUUAAUUAAUAAUCACAUCCAGGCCUUGUUUAACCUUGAACCUAUGCAACAUGAAUCGAGCUCUUUGUUACGUAACAUGGUGGACGUAACUAAUAAAAAUUUGCGUGCGCUUGGCACCUUAGGGGAGCCUACCGACCAUUGGGACACCUUAGUUAUCUACAUAAUGUCUAAGAAGUUAGAUCUAGUAACUAAGCGUGAGUGGGAGGAGCACAGAAACCUUUUAACAGGUUCGCCGACGUUGCAGCAAUAUAUUACAUUUUUAAACAACAGGGCCGACUUACUUGAAUCUCUUGGCGAUAAUUACGUCAAUAAUAUUGGUCAAAAAACAUCUAAACAUAAAUUUCAAUUGCAUUCACAAAGCGAGCCACAAAAGACGCAUAAUUAUCUUACAACUACUAAUAAUAAUUCUUAUCGCAAACCUAUUGUUUGCCCUUAUUGUAAGCAUGACCAUUUCUUAUUUACAUGCGAAUCCUUUCGUAAAUUAGAUGUUGAUAAUCGAAUAAAAAAUGUAAACGGUUACUCAGUAUGUAAGAACUGUCUUCGCCCGGGACACUUAGAAAAACAAUGUGUGUUAUCUCAUUGUAAAUAUUGCAAACUUAAGCAUAACACUCUUUUGCAUAAACAUGUUGACAAAGCAUCUUCUAGCAGUGACGUUCCGGUGCCAGAUGUUCACUUUAACGGCAAUAUACAAACAAAAGUGUUUACCCCUACUGAGACUUCCGGACUACUGUCCACAGCGUUGGUGCACGUGAGUGACGCGAACGGAGUGCUACGUGAGGCGCGUCUGCUUCUGGACAACGGUGCUUCCUCCAACUUCGUGACGCGAGAUCUGUGCGGACGGCUUGGGGUAGCGACACGCAGCGCGGGAGCUACGAUCACAGGUAUCAAUGAGCAGCUUUCACAUUGUCCGGAGUCUUGCAAUAUUACAAUUCAGUCACUCAAUAGUAACUAUACGACGACCGUAAACUGUUACGUUGCCGAAGUAAUAAAUAAAUCUCUGCCGCCAUGUCGCAUAGAUCUUACCAAUAUACGUAUUCCUGCCGGCAUCACAUUGGCAGACCCAUCAUUUUAUGAGCCUUCCGCUAUUGAUAUUUUGGUCGGGGCGGAAGUAUUUUGGGACGUCUUAGGUUCCGCGAAUAUAAAAUUAGGUAAAAAUAAACCUCAAUUACGUGAAACAUCGUUAGGUUGGAUCGUGUGCGGUUCCAUACCUGCCUACAAUACAAACAUAAACGAAUCUUAUUUUUGUUCGUUCCUCACACAUAAUGAGGAAACUAAUCUUACUCGAUUUUGCGAAUUAGACUCGGUGUCUUCUAAACAUCGCAUGUCUCAAGAAGAGCAAGCGUGCGAAAAAAGUUUCUUAGAUAAUACCACUCACGAUCAAGAUGGCCGCUUUGUUGUGACGUUACCUUUAAAAGAGUCACCGGAUGUACUUGGCGACUCAUAUCAUAUGGCCAAGCGCCGUUUCUUGGCAUUGGAGAAACGGCUCGCACGCGAUCCUGUCUUAAAAAACUUAUAUUUUGAUUUUAUUCGCGAAUACAUCGACUUAGGCCACAUGAGCGAAAAUCAAUCAUCAUCAUCAUCAUCAUUUGAGCCACCAGAAAAAAUAUUUUGUGGCGCGUUGCUUAGUGCAAGACUCUGGGCAAAGGUCAUUUCGUCACUGACCGUGAAGGUUGAUCAUAGUUACUUUUGGUCUGACUCUAUGAUCAUGCUGGGCUGGCUCGCAGGGCCGUCUAAUCGACUGAAACCGUUCGUUCGCAACCGUGUGAAUGAGAUUCAAGAGAGCACUCGUGGACAAACAUGGAGCUAUGUACCCUCAAAGCUGAACCCGGCAGAUCUAGUGUCACGAGGAAUUGAAGGCUGAUGACCUCAGCAUCUCCACACUAUGGUGGACAGGUCCAGAUUUUUUGCAUCAUUCCAUUAUUCAAUUUUCUAUGACACCUAAUACAAACGCAGAUAAUCUGCCAAAAGUGUCAUUGCAUACAAACGCACAGGCAAACAUAAACGAAAAUGAAAAUCUUAUAACUAAACUUAUCACUAAUAAUUCAAAACUUACAAAACUAAUACGAAUCGUAGCAUAUAUUUACAGAUUUAUACAUAAUUGCAAAAAUAAAAAUAAUAAAAGCACAUCAAAUUUAACAUAUACAGAAAUAAAAUCAAGUAAAACUAAACUUCUACAACUCGCACAGCAGGAAUCAUAUCCUGAAGAUUACAAACUCUUAUCUUUGGGCAAGCCCUUACAGUCGAAAAGUAGACUGCUUUCGUUAACACCCUUCUUAGACGAUCAGAAAUUAAUACGUGUCGGUGGUCGUCUUAAUAAUGCUUAUUAUAGUUACGACAUUAAGCAUCCAAUCUUAUUGUGUAGCAGGCAUCACCUUACCAAACUGCUCUUUGACAUGCAACAUAUGGCAUUAUUGCACGCCCCACCUCAGCUGUUGCUAGCAAGCGUUCGGCAAAAAUACUACCCACUGGUGGAAGAAACCUGGCGCGCCACUUAGUGUAUAAAUGCGUUCGCUGCAUCAGGUUCAAGGCUAGACCUUUUCAAGUGUCAAUGGGCAACUUGCCUAUCGAUAGGACACAGUUGGAAUAUCCCUUUUUGCACACGGGAAUGGAUUUUGCCGGACCAGUGCUGAAAGCUGACCGUAAGGGUAGGGGUAGCAAAACAAUUAAAUCAUAUAUAUUGGUAUUUGUUUGUCUUGCAGUCAAGGCUCUUCACUUGGAACUUGUCACAAGUCUAACGACAGAGUCGUUCCUUGCUGCUCUCCGCCGCUUCAUGAGUCGUCGGGGAAAGCCUCAAACUCUUUAUUGUGACAACGGAACUUCGUUUGUCGGGGCAUCAAACGAACUUAGUAACUUUUUAAAACAUAAUCACGAUAAGCUGCAGUCAGGUAUGGCAGAAAACCUUAUUAACUUUAAAUUUAGCCCGGCUUACUCACCACACUUCGGCGGACUUUGGGAAGCCGCAGUAAAGUCAACCAAAUAUCAUCUCAAACGCAUUUUAUCUCUUACACAUUUAACGUAUGAAGAAUUAAAUUGUUGCCUGAUUCAGA